AAUUUUUUUUCCAGAAAUUUGACUAUAUUCAUAAAACAAUCAAAAUUGAAGGUUGAAAAAUUUUACAUUUAAUUUGAUGGAGAAAUUUGUUUCGAUUUUAAUUAAACAUGGUGGCAAAUGGAAUUCAUCAGGGAAAUACGUCGACUUUGAAAUGGAGGGCAUCCUAUACGAUACUUCUACUCUUUAUACUGGUUUAGUUAAUUCUAUAGUAACUCAGCUAAACAUAGAAGAAAAUCUAAAUUCUGUUGAGAUAAAGUAUAUAGUUAGCGAAAUGUGUCCACCUAUAAAAAUUCAUAAUGAUGUUGGGGUAAAGGUUUAUCUAGAUCAGAUGAGGGUGAAUUUGGAUUUUUUUACAAAAUAUCCAUUAUGCAUCACUUUGAAAGAUUGUGGGCAGUAUAACGAAUGUCAUAGAGUUAUAGUUAAUGAUAUAAUAAAUUCUGAUGUUAGAUUAUCACAGAAUAACAUAGAUCUAUACUCCAACAAUUCUAUCCGUUUGAUCGGAAUGGAUUUAGACGGAGUUGUCAAUGAUAAUAAUGAAGUAGAUAAUGAUAUAAUAUGUGAUCAUUCUAAUUUAUUUGUAGCUGAAAAUAAUAUUUAUAAUAAUAAAGAAACCCUUAAGGAAGUUAUGAGGCAUGUGGGACUUGUUGAGAAGUUCAGCUUUCGGGUUGCACGUUGUAAUUCAUCUAAUUAUCAUCUGCAUUGUAUUUCUAAGAGUUGUUCUUGGAUGAUGAGGGCAUCUAGUUUGAAUAAAUCUAGUUUAUUCAAAGUUCGGAAGUAUAUUGCUCAGCAUACAUGUUGUGUUAGAGAAAGAGUUUAUGCCAGACGUCAAGGGAUAACUGACGUUGUAGCUGUAUUGAUAAUGGAUAAUUAUAUUGAUCCAUCUAAGGUAUAUACUCCAAAGGAUGUAGCUGAUGAUAUGUUGAAAUUGCAUGGUGUUUCGUUGACAUACAUACAGGCAUGGAGAGCUAAAGAAAAAGCAGUAAAGUUGGUGCGAGGAGAUCCAGCAGAAUCUUAUGCAAGAUUACCUGGUUAUUUUUACAUUUUGGAGCAAACAUAUCCAGGAUCUGUUUUGAAAAUAAAAAGGAAUGAAGAUGAUACAUUUUUAUAUGCAUUUGUUGCUUUAGAAGCAUGUAUUAGGGGCUGGGAAUAUUGUAGGCCAAUUGUAGUUGUUGAUGGUGCUGCAUUAAAAUGUUCAUAUGGUGGUACAAUGUUAACUGCAAGCACAUUGGAUCCGGGAGGUCAUAUACUUCCGUUGGCGUAUGCGAUAGUAGAUUCUGAAAAUGAUGCUUCAUGGACAUGGUUCUUUGAGCAAUUUAGAGAAGCAUAUGGAGUUAGACAAAAUAUGUGUUUUAUGUAAGACAGAAAUGAAAGCAUAUGGAAAGGGACAACAAAUGUAUAUCCUGAAUCAGAACAUUAUGCAUGCAUAUGGCAUUUAUCAGUCAAUGUUUUGAAGAAUUUCAAUAGAAAUACUGAAGAUUUGAAGAUGUUGUUCUUUUCAUUGGCAAAAGCUUAUACAAAACAACAGUUUGAGACAAUUAUGGGAAGAAUAGAUCAGAUAGAUACGCGAAUACGACCAUACUUGUUUGAUAUUGGUUAUAGCAAAUGGUCAAGAGCUUACUCGAAUUGUAAGCGCACAUGGACGAUGACUUCAAACAUCGCGGAGUCAUUGAAUAAUGUUAACAGAUUAGCACGGAGGUUACCGGUGAUUUCACUUCUUGAGUUUAUGAGGGUGACAAUUCAGAGGUGGAUUCACAAGCAUAAUGAGGAGGCUGAUAAGACUACAUCUAAUCUGACAAAAAAAUAUGAUGUUUAUCUACAGAAAAGUAUUACGUUGUCGUGCAAUAUGAGGGUGAUACCUUCAACUGUAGAUCUGCAUGCUGUAGCUGAAGGAGCAAAGAAAUACAUAGUAAAUUUGAACACAAGGAUGUGUAGUUGCGGAAGAUUUCAACAUUAUGAGAUACCAUGUGGUCAUGCAAUUGCUGUUCUCCGUUACAGGAAGUUACAUGAAGCAGAUUUCUGUUCUGCUUUUUAUAGCCUCAAGAAUUUCAAAGAUGCUUAUGCCAUUCCUGUCGAGCCUAUCCCGUGCGAGAGUACAUGGGAUAUACCAAGUUAUAUUUCAGAUCCUAAAUUGAUGCCGCCUGGUCAAAAAAGAGCAGCAGGAAGACCCAAACUUGAACGGUGGAAGGGAUUCGCAGAUGUGAAAUUCAAGAAGACAAAAAGCACAUGCAGUAGAUGCCAUCAGGUUGGACACAAUAGGAAGACUUGUUCAAAUUAUCCUGUACAAAAACAAUGAAGUCGUAAUGUUAAUUCUGUGUUAUUGAGGCAUUACAUUGUUUUAUAAAUGUUUUUUGUACUGA